AGUCACUAGUUAAUAUGACAGCAUCUAGAUCUAGUUUCUAUCGUACAUUUUCACUUAUAUAUCGGGGCGAAAGUAACCAGGGAGUUUAAUCUGGCGGAUAAUAAACUCAAAUAACAUACCGUGAGCAUAAACGCCGAUCAAAACAAAAGGGAACAACAAAACGAAUGUAAACACAACCGUAUUUGUUGUCUGCAAAAAUUGAAUUGAAAAUCAAUACACAACGAUGACUUUCACCAAAAGUGUAGAUCAGACCACGAUACUCCAAGGAGACCGUUCAAAAUUAAAGGAUUUGCUACGGUUACGGCUAAAUGCCUGCGGUUGGAGCGAUCAGGUUAGACUUCUCUGCCGGGAGGCUAUCAAGGAACAGGAUACGGUAAAUUGCGACGCGCUCGUCCAACAGGUAACUCCGAAAGCGAGAGCUCUGAUCCCGGACACGGUCAAAAAGGAGCUGCUGCAGAAGAUUAAGACCAUACUGAUCCAGCAGGAGGGCAUCGAUAUUUAGUGGAAGCUGUGUGAAGUUAAAUCGGAUCACGUUCCAGACAGAGGAACAAGACGAAGAGCCUCGUGAAGACUCAGUGUUUCAAUAAAUUGGAAUGUGUAAAGAAGAAAUGUUUCGAUGAAGGGAGGAAAUAUUUAUUCAUUGUAAUAAUUAGCAUGUUUGAAGAAUCGCGCUUCUUUAGCUAUAGGUAAUGAACGAAUUGACCAGCUCACAGCACACCGCGAAGAUGCAUUAACGUUUGUAACCAAAUAAUAAAAAUACGUAUUAAA